GUUUUAACCUAUAACAUUUGUUUUUAAAUGUAAGUUAUAACUUAUGAUGUGUAUUUAUUUAAAAAAUAAAAUUAAAAUUAAUGUAAUUUACAAUAUUUAUAGACAAACCAAUAUUUGAUGUUGCUAAGCUAUUAGGAAAUAGAGAAUCAUCACCAUCAAUCUUUAAAUAAUAUUCAUCUGUAUCUAGUUUACCUUAAGUGCACAAUAUGAGUGAUGAAGUAAAAGUAAUAUCAAUUACUGUAAGCAACAGAAGUAGCGAUAAAGACAAGUCUGAUGAAGAUGGAAUAAACAUGCCACUAGAAAAACAUGUUUCGUAAGUAUAUUAUUAAAAGGUGACAUUAUAAUUAAUAAUAUGUUAAUGUAUAGUGGUGGUCAAAUGAUUUUGUUAUUGGAGAAGAUGAGGUAUAUUAUAUUAUUAUAUUUUUAAUAAUAAUAAUAAUUAAAAAUUACAUUACUUUAUGGUUUAUUUAAAAUCUGGUUUAAAAGCCCUAUUGAAAAUUUUUAGUUUUAAAUACAAAUCAGCAAUUUUUCACUGUUUUGCCGUGACUCGCAAAAAUGUACCUCCCUUUCCCCUCUUUGACCAUCUCGAAUGUAUGCAAUGUAUAUUUACUACUUAUUAAUACUACCUAUUAUAUUGUUUUUGUUCAAAUGCUCAGUGAUCCUGGCAGUUCACAUAUAAAAGAAAGUAAACAAUUAGUUAUAGCAUUCGCGAAGAUGUCUGAUGAUGACCUGCUAAUUAUAAGACAAUUUACUUGUAUGUUUAAAACACUAACAUUCGGCGUAAACUUUAAAUGGGAUACCAGGAUCACACAUUUCAUUAUAAAAACUCAAACUGAUAAUCUGUGUAAUCACCGCACACACAAGUUUUUGCACGCUCUAUUGUCCGGUUGUUUUAUUGUUAAUUUAGAAUGGGUACAACAGUCUUUAAAUUCAAAGACAUUACUUCCAGAGGUAUCUAUAUACUACAUAAUUUUGCUAUUUUAAACAAUAUUUUUAAUGCUGUCUAAUUUGUUUAAGAAUGAUUUUAUGCCUUUUGAUAUAACUGGUGAACCAUCUCCUUUGACUGCUUGGCGUGUCAGACGAGGUAUAAUUGAUUCUCCUAUGGAUUGGGCUAAAAAUUGCAUUAUAUAUUUUCAUAAAAGUUCAAAGUAUCAUUUGUCAUAUUCUAAAUCCCAAGUAAGAUAAUGUUGUGUAUUAUACUAUAAAAUAUUAUAUUGUAUUGUUAAAUUGAAAUGCUUACAUUUUUUUUGUUAGGUUUGGGCAAUGAAAGCUGGUUUUGUGUUAGCAAGUGAAUUAGAAGAACUUAAUGAUGAAAAAUAUAGCAUGCGAGUUAUUUUAGUUAACUCACCAGAAACGGACAUGAGAUAUAAUAUGUUUUAUCCUAACCAAGUGCAAAUUAUGGGUGAGAAAAUAUUUUUUUUAAAUAUCACUAUAAAAUUAAUUAUUGAGUAAUAAUAUGCAUUUCAUUAUAUUAUUGGAGACAAUUUCACUUUUUUUAGUGUGAACUAUUUUACUCUAAUGAUGGUCCAAGCUCAUGUACUAAAACUUUGCUGCUCAAUGGUAUUUUUUUCUGAACAUUUAAUUUAGUUAAAUAAAAUAACAUAGAAAGAAACAAGUAGAGGAUUUAGAAGUAAAAAUUAAUGAAAGACAAUGAAAUGGAAUCUUGAAGGAAAUAUAAACAAGGUGUGGGAAAGGAUUUCAACUAAUAUUAAAAGUACCGCAAAUGAGAUAGUUUGUGAGAAUAUGAAUAGUAUACUAGAGAACAAGGAAACUUGGUGGUCGGAUGAAGAAGUUCAAAGAAUUAUACUAGUAAGUAAAAAAAAUUAAGCUAUGACAGCAGAAAGAGUGAGAUAAUUAGGUAGAGUAUAAAAGACUGUGCUAGGAAGUUAAAAGGGUGGUAAGAAAAGUAAAGUUAGCAGGUGGCUUUAACGAGUAUGUGAAAUAUAGGUUUAAAUGUGGUUGGAUAAAGAGUAGAGUGAAGCAUCAGUUUUAUUUAUGUGACAAGGCAAUUCUAAUGAGAUUUAAAGGUAACUUUUACAAAAGUGUGAUGGAACUGAUUAUGUUGUGUUAUUCAGAGUGUUAGACAGUAAAUAUUAAAAAAAAAAAAAAAAUAGUAUAAGAGUAUUGAGAUGAGAAUGCUUAGGUGGAUGAAUGGAGUGACGAGAGAAGAUAUGAUGAAGAAUGAAUACAUAAGAGACAGCUUAUGUGUAGCUUCGUUAAUGGACAAAUUAAGAAAAAAUAGACUGGGAUAAUUUUGGCAUGUUACGAGGAUAGAUGAAUUAGAAGCAGUAAGAAUUGCAAUGAAAAUAGUCGUCUAAGGAAAGGGUGGAAGAGGAAGAGGUAAUUGAAUGCAUUAAGAAUGAUAUAAGAAUAGGGGAGGGGUGUAUGCGAAAGUGAUUUAGGGAUCAGGACAAGUGGAAGUUUCAGACAAAGAUGGUUGACCUCAAAUAGUUAGGAUGAAGGCAAAGGAAAAGAAGAAGAAACAUUUAAUUUAGUAAAUCAUAGGCCCAUUGUAUUUAGAGCAAUGUAGGUAAUAUUUGUUUUAAGUAUUAUUUAUUUUACUAAUUGAAAUACACUACUAUAAUAUAAUAUAUAUAUAUAUAUAUAUAUAUUUUUUUAACAAAGUUGAAACUUUUAUACAUUGAUUAUAAUACAUAUAUACAAGUUGUAUUACUCAAUUUUUAAGAGGGUGGAACAUUUAUUGUAUAAUAAAUAAGGGCAGAAAUGGGGUAGCAAUGUUAACACGGAUCCACCACUGCUGUCGGUUACCCGGGAAAACAAUUUUUUUUAGUAAAAGGACACUUGUUUAAAUGCAUUUUGACUACUCACUAGGGUUUAGUUUAUUUUACUUUAUAUAACCUUUAAUAAAACUUGUAGUGACUAGUAAUAAUACAUUUUUAUGAAAAUGCUUUGAUAAAAUUAGUUUUACUAUUAAAUUUGAAUUUUAACUGAUUACUGGCUUUUACUGCUUUUGACGCUUAUGUAAUAUAUAGAAAUCUAUAUCAUGUAUAGGGUAAUUUAUUUAACAUAAAACACUUAUUAUUUCGCAAAAUAUUGAUUAUUUUGAAAAUAUUUAAGAGACAAGAAGCUCUCAAAAGUAGGUAGUCAUUUCACCCCAACAUUUUAGAGCUGCUUGUUUAUUAAAUUGUAAAAAGAAAUUGUUUUAGAAAAAAAUUCAAAAAUUUGCAAAAUAAUAAGUGUCUUAUUUUAAAUAAAUCACUAUGUAUAUGUUACAUUUAUAUCAUAUACAUUAGGUUUGUUUUAUUUUUUAUUUAUCUAGAAUGGCUGACUAAAUAUAAAGCAGUAACUAUCUACAUAAACUGGUUUUUGGAGUGUUUAUUUAGAUUUAAAUUUGUACCUUUUGAACCUCAAUACCAGGUUAUGAAACUAAGUAAUGCUUUGAUAGAAAGUUCAGAUUUGAAUGGAUUUAUGUUUCAACUAGAAGACGCUUAAUUAUAGAAUAUUGUUAAUUUAUACUAUUACAUUUACUAUUAUUUGUUUAAAAAAUUAAAUUAAAGCACUAAUCAAAUGGAACACAGGGUUAUUAAAAAUUCAAUCAUGUAUAUAGCAUUAUUUUUGAUUGGUAUUUUAUUUUGAAAUUUAAUUACAAUGUUGUUUAAGGCUAAUUUUUUUUUGUAAUUUAGAAUUUUUAAAAUCUAUGAAUUGUGAUUUUUAUUAAAUACAUAAUAUAAUAAUGCAUAUUCCUAAGUCGUAAGUCUCCAUAC